CCGGCGUGGGUUACGGAUUCUAUGGCGUCGUUGGAGUUGAUGCAUAGGCUGUCGUGCCCCCCGGGUGGAUCGGCGGGGCUGCCGGCGGCGGCGAGGAGGGGAAGCGGGCUCUGUUUCGCGAGCCUGCAGGGUGCCGGGAAGGAAGGGAGGGGGAAAGGGGGGAGGGGGCGGACGGCGAGCUCGACGGGCGCGCUGGUGGAGCGGACGGUGGUGGCGCCGGCGCCGGUGGAGCAGCAGCGGGCGGGGCGGCCCGAGGCGCAUCCGCAGAGCGUGGCGGCCAGGGCCGUGGUGACCGUGCGGCGGCGGAGGAAGGAGGACACCAAGGACCGUGUCGUUGAGCAGCUCGACGCCUUCGCCGACAGGGUCGGCCGCAGCGUCCUGCUCCAGCUCAUCAGCACGGAGACCGACCCAAGGAAGGGGACGCCGAAGAAGAGCAAGCCGUCGGCGCUGGUGGGGUGGUUCGACAAGAAGGACGUCAAGGCGGAGCGGGUGGUGUACACGGCGGAGUUCGCCGUCGACGCCGGCUUCGGCGAGCCCGGCGCGGUCACAGUGCUCAACCGCCACCAGCGGGAGUUCUUCAUCGAGAGCAUCGUCGUGGAGGGGUUCCCGUCCGGUACGGCGCACUUCACCUGCAACUCGUGGGUGCAGCCCAAACGCGUCAGCCGCGACCCGCGGGUGUUCUUCAGCAACAGGCCGUACCUGCCGUCGGAGACGCCGCCGGGGCUGAGGGAGCUCCGGCUCCGGGAGCUCGCCGACCUCCGCGGCGACGGCACCGGCGAGCGGAGGAUCACCGACCGGGUGUACGACUACGACGUGUACAACGACCUGGGUAACCCGGACAAGGGCGUCACCUCCGCCCGCCCCGUCCUCGGCGGCGAGCAGUUGCCGUACCCGCGGCGGAUGCGGACCGGCCGUCCCAGCACCGCCACAGACGCGAGCUCGGAGAGCAGGGUGGAGUACCCGGAGCCCAUCUACGUGUCGCGGGACGAGGAGUUCGAGGAGGGCAAGAACGAGAUGCUGUCGGAGGGCGCGCUCAAGGCGCUGCUCCACAACUUCAUGCCGCUGCUCGUCUCCUCCGUCUCGCCGGACAUCCGCGACUUCGCCGGCUUCCACGACGUCGACAACCUCUUCAAGGAGGGGCUCCGCCUCAAGCAGGCGCUCCACGACCAGCUCUUCCAGAAGAUCCCCUUCGUCCACAAGAUCCAGGAGAACAGCGAGGGCCUCCUCCGAUACGACACCCCUGACAUCAUCAAGAAGGACAAGUUCGCGUGGCUGCGUGACGACGAGUUUGCGAGGCAGGCUCUUGCCGGCAUCAACCCCGUCAACAUCGAGCGUCUCCAGUUUUUCCCGCCGGUGAGCAGUCUGGACCCGGCCGUGUACGGCUCGCUGGAGUCGGCGAUCACCGAGGAGCACAUCAUCGGGCACCUCGACGGCAUGUCGGUGCAGGAGGCGCUGGAUGGGAACAAGCUGUACAUGCUGGACUACCACGACAUCUUCCUUCCGUUCCUGGACAGGAUCAACGCCCAGGACGGCCGGAAGGCGUACGGGACGCGCGCCAUUUUCUUCCUGACAGCCGCCGGCACGCUGAAGCCGAUCGCGAUCGAGCUGUGCCUGCCGCCGAUGACCGACGGCUGCAAGCGCGCCAAGCGGGUGUUCACGCCGCCCGCCGACGCCACCAGCAACUGGCUGUGGCAGCUCGCCAAGGCCCACGUCUGCUCCAACGACGCCGGCGUCCACCAGCUCAUCAACCACUGGCUGAGGACGCACGCGUGCAUGGAGCCGUUCAUCAUCGCGGCGCACCGGCAGAUGAGCGCGAUGCACCCAAUCUUCAAGCUGCUCAAGCCGCACAUGCGGUACACGCUCAAGAUCAACGCGCUGGCGCGGCAGAUACUCAUCAACGGCGACGGCGUCAUCGAGUCCGGCUUCACCCCCGGCCGCGUCUGCAUGGAGAUGAGCGCCUUCGCCUACCGGGAGAUCUGGCGGCUCGACCAGGAGGGCCUCCCCGCCGACCUCAUCCGAAGAGGCAUGGCCGUGGAGGACCCGAGCCAGCCGCACGGGCUCCGGCUGCUCAUCGAGGACUACCCGUACGCCGCCGACGGUCUGCUCCUCUGGUCGGCGAUCUCGCGGUGGUGCGAGGCGUACGUGGCGGCCUACUACCCGAGCGACGAGGCCGUGCAGGCGGACUACGAGCUGCAGUCGUGGUACGCGGAGGCCGUGCAGAGCGGGCACGCGGACAAGCGCGGCGCGCCGUGGUGGCCGCGCCUCUCGACGCCCGGCGACCUGGCCUCCCUGCUCACCACCCUGGUGUGGCUCUGCUCGGCGCAGCACGCGGCGCUCAACUUCGGGCAGUACCCGCUGGGGGGUUACAUCCCGAACCGGCCGCCGCUCAUGCGCCGCCUGGUGCCGGCCGAGGGCGACCCGGAGUACGCGCACCUCGUCGCCGACCCGCACCGCUUCUUCCUCUCGGCGCUGCCCAGCCUCACGCAGACGACGACGUUCAUGACCGUCAUCGACACGCUGUCCACGCACUCCGCCGACGAGGAGUACCUCGGGGAGCGCCCCGACGAGGAGUGGACGGCGGACCCGGCGGCGCUGGCGGCCGCGCGCGAGUUCGCCGCCGACGUGCGCCGCGCCGAGGAGGAGAUCGAGCGGCGCAACGCCGACCCCUCCCGGCGCAACCGGUGCGGCGCCGGCGUGCUGCCGUACGAGCUCAUGGCGCCGUCGUCCGGGCCGGGAAUCACGUGCCGCGGCGUCCCGAACAGCGUAACCAUAUAGAAGGUAUUGCGAUUUGCGCGAAAUUUUCGGGUGAUUACACAUGGACGGAGAAAUUUCGGCAAAAGUAAAUGAGUUUGCUGCAAAUUUUUCUAGAGAUAGGCCGAUUGCUAAGGUUUCGGCCCAAGUAGGAAAAUAUUGGAUUCUUUUUGUCAACAGGUGGGGGAGUUGAUACUGUAGAUUGUAAAUAUAGAUAAGGGAUUCCUAUAGAAAGAAAUAAAGUUGAAUAUAGAGAUCUCACGAUACUUAUCAAAUAUUUUCUUUUUUAAGAUGCCCAUGUUCCAAUAAGUCCACUUUGAUGCUGCUGUUGCUAUAUACCAUGAAUAUUGGUCUCUUCAA